CCCCAGAGCAUUCCCAUGAACCGGGCGCGGCUGCUCAGUUGUUGUUAAACGCAGCGUUUAGCAUCCCGACAUGAUGGGAGUUGAAGCUCAGAGAAGCAGCUAAAGAGACGUUUUUAUAAAUGUCUCUGGGGUUAUAUUUAAGGCCUUACCAUUAACUGAUACAUCAGUACUACUGUACUUGGCUAAUUAAAUAGAUGGUGCUUAUUUUGUUAGGGCAUUUACAAUUCUUUUCUCUAGUCGGAUAUGAGUUUACACUUUUCUGAGCAUAUGAUCUAUGUUUUAAUUAAGGUUAUUGUUGAUGAUACAGAGGAUGUGUCCCUGGAUGUUGGCAAUGAGGAGGAACUAGCACUACAGAAAGCAAAGAUCAGGCACCCCCUGGCAACCUUUUUCCACUUGUUUUUUCGAAUUGGGGCUAUUGUUGCCUAUUUGUUCUGUGACUGGUUCAGCAAAAGCUUUAUCACCUGUUUUGUCAUCAUACUGCUUCUUCUGGCAUUUGACUUUUGGUCAGUCAAGAAUGUAACUGGAAGACUACUGGUUGGAUUACGCUGGUGGAACCAGAUUGACGAGGAUGGGAAAAGUCACUGGAUCUUUGAAGCGAAAAAGGCUUCACCAAAUAUAUCAACAUCAACAGAGGUCGAAGCUCGAAUUUUCUGGCUAGGUCUGAUUAUAUGUCCAAUAAUCUGGACAAUAUUCUUCUUCAGCACUUUGUUUUCUCUGAAACUGAAAUGGCUGGCACUUGUGAUUGCUGGGAUUUCUCUUCAAUCAGCAAAUCUUUAUGGCUAUGUUCACUGCAAAACAGGAGGCCAACAAAAUGUUAGCAAAUCAGCAUCAAGAUUUUUGUCCCAACAGCUUUUCCAGCGAGCAGUUAAGAGGUGAUUCUCAGAGCCUUAAUCACAAUUAAACAUAGGAGGGCAUCUACAAAACUGGUGUAAAUUAAAUCCAGAGUAAACCACAGCAACCAGUCAGCAAUUUGCUCUGAUCGGUCAACUGCAGUAAGACAAAUGAAAGCAAAGUCCUUCGGGUUACUAAUACCAAAGCAUACUAAAGGUACAUUUAUAUUACUUUAAUUGUGUCAGUAUCAUUUUUUAAAGACUCAGUGGGACAAAGCAUAAGUUAAACUUUGCAUAGGUAUUUCUAUUGUCUAGCUGCCUUGGGCUCAUUAAAGCUGAUUAAUUGCUGUGGAUUACUACAGUGAAUCAGUAUGACAUCCCAUUUGCCAAGAUUUAGGGCUCUUACACACAGCAUUCUUUUGUGUGUCUGAAAAUGCAUUCUAAAGGGCUUAUUUACUACUGCAAGAGCUGCUACAUUCACCGCAGUGAGUUGCACAUAAAAUCCCAUUCAUUAAAGGUACUUGCGUCAAAAUGUGAUCUUUGCCCUUCCAUAUAGUUGCACUUGCCACUUAUAAGCUCAUCUUCAUUCAAUUCCAAAACAGCACAGUUGCGCUUAUUGAUACAAAGGAACCCUGUAGCUACUGCCACCAGGGUUUGUUCAUCACUUGCAUCUAAAGAAUGCAUCAUCACUUGCACACCAAACAUAGGAAACAACGCAAAUCUUUGAAAAUAUUUUGCACAACUGCAUCUGAUUUUUGCUGAAGUGCAAGAGCAAUUACUUUCACUUGGAUGCAUCCCCCCCUAAUUGUGUCACGCACAACUCCCCCUUUCAUCCGCAACAAUGCUAAAGCUGUCAAAAUGUGUAUAUUACAUUGAUAUGUUUUGUUUUUUAUACAUAAAGCCAAGUGCUUUUUGUGAGUUUAACAUGCAUUUCUCUACAAGGUAUUUUAUUGUAUCAUGAACGUGCAGAAUCUGUGCAUAUCUACACGGUAGAUGAAGGAAGUUCAGACCGUAAUUUAUUGAUGUCUUUGCC